AAAAAAAUUGGCUUUGUAUUAUAUAAUUUAAUUCUCUCUCUCUCUCAAUCACUCGGUUAGAACAAAGAGUACAACUGCCAACAAACAAAUACUCACUUUCAUUCCACCCCUUAAUCAUAUUUAUUGCACUAAUUGACACAGAGUUAAUCCCUUCUCUAUAUCUAGCCUCAUCAAGAAAUUGGGUUUCUACUGAAAAUAUUGUUAUGGAGUUCUUCCACAAAGCCAAGGCUGUUAGACUCAAAAGCCACUUGAACAAAUACCUAGUAGCAGAUGAUGAUCAAGUCUCCACCAGACAAAGUCGAAGCGCGGCCACCCGAAAAGGGCGGUGGACGGUUGAGCUUGUCGAAUCCAACAGCCAUGUUAUCCGCCUCAAGAGCUGCCACGGCAGGUACCUUACCGCGUCGAAGGAGCCGUUUUUAUUGGGCACAAGUGGGUGCAAAGUCAUGCAGACUGAGCAAGAAAACAUGAAGGAUUUGUCCAUUGAGUGGCAACCUAUAAGGGAUGGAUUUCAAGUAAAGUUAAAGGGUUUGGGGGGUACUUUUUUACUUGCUAAUGGAGGAACACCGCCUUGGAGAAAUUCAAUCACGCAUGAUAACCCUAAUACUGGUUCAACCAAGAAUUGGAUUUUGUGGGAUGUAGAGCCUGUAGAAAUCCCCGAAAAUGAAUUCUUGACGGAUUAUUUGUCGAUGGUUUCCAGUUUUUCGUCUGUUUCCGAUGAACUUUCCGGCUUGGAUAUAUGGUCUCCGCCGCCGGAGUCGCCGGUGUCUGUGCACUCCAGUUAUUCACCCUCCUUUAAGAGGUUAUCUAUGAAAAAGGGUAUAAGUCAUAUUAUUCAUCACCCGGGUGAUCAUCAGUCAAGUGGCUAUAUGGAGCCUCUGUUUUCACAAUUAGAAACCGAUAAAUCUUUCAAUUUAAUAUCAAGAACACCAGCAAUGGAUCUGUUCCAGAACUCCAAGGAAGUUCGAUUGAGAAGCGUUCACGACAAGUACUUGAUAGCUGAAGAAGACGAAGAAUCCGUAACCCAAGAACGAAACGGAUCAUCCAAGAACGCUAAAUGGACAGUAGAGAUAGUCGAAACUUCCGACAACAUAAUUCGUCUCAAAAGUUGUUACAACAAGUACUUAACCGCAUCAAACCAGCCUUUUCUGCUGGGCAUGACUGGCCGGAGAGUUAUGCAAACGCUGCCGAGCCGGCUCGAUUCGUCGAUCGAGUGGGAGCCCAUCAGAGAAGGCAAUUCAGUGAAGCUGAAAACGAGGUACGGCCAAUUCUUGCGGGCAAAUGGGGGACUACCGCCGUGGCGGAACUCAGUUACACAUGAUAUUCCUCACCGGACCGCCACUCAGGAUUGGAUUUUGUGGGAUGUACAUGUGGUUGAGAUAUUGGUGGCGCCGCCGCCACGUUUCGUUGUUCACUCGGAUUCUUUUGCUUCGGAUUCUAGUUCGCCUUCUACUCGUUCCUCAAUGUCUGCUAGCUUUUCUGGACCAGAGUCAAAUGAUUUAGUGGUAAGUUCGCCACCAAAGGGUAGCGAUGGCAGGACAAUUUACUUUCAUAUAGCGAAUGAAUAUGGGGAGAUCGAUGAGGGGUUUGAGGAGCUCGGUAUCACAUUUAAGGGAAAUGGAGUUCAAGAAUUGACGAAGAGACUUGAGGAGGAGUUGGGAAUGAAUGGUAUUAUUGUGUGUACACGAAGCCCGUUGAAUGGGAACCUUUAUCCUCUUCGUCUGCAGCUUCCUCCAAAUAAUUCAACCAUGCAUGUCGUCGUUGUUCCUUCCUCAUCACAAGAAGCUCAAGAUUUGGGAAGAACAGGAACACCAUUGUAGUAGAAAUUCAGAAGAUAUUGCAGAUUCACUCAACACGUAUAGUACAUGCGGCUGGUGUCCCUUUCGCCAUCCUUGGUUGAUCUUGAGUCGGCUUUCAUCUGUCAAGGUUUUGAAUUCACAAACAGAUCAUUUGUAAAUGCAUUCAAGUGAUGUAAUAAUAAUAUUCAUAACUGAAAUUGCAUUUGCUUAAUAUUUUGUACCAGAAGUCUUGUGCUCUCAUGGAAGUUACAAUUCAUAAAUUUGGUAUCACUUAGUG